AUGGGAAGCGGCGACCUUCUUCUCGAAGUGCGUGACAAGCUCCAAUACAGCAAACUGACCAAACUUGUUGCGUUCGGUGACAUUCCAGUCUCUGUGGGCCCCCACCGGUCAAUGAACACUACAGGUGCAACGUCGCAGGAAGCACCUGCGGUUGGCUCGGACACUUCUGCUAGCGCUGAGGGUGACAGAUGCACCACCAAUGAACAAGCGGCCAGCAGUAUAAUGCACACGCGAGCGUCUUCCAAUACGUCCGAACUGACAACCUCGGAAGCGUCGACAUUCAUGUCGACAAAGCAGGCGACGAUGGCAACGCCGAUGACGCCGGAGAGGACGACGUCUACUGCUCAGUCGACAACCGUGGAGACAACGACAUUAGCUGCGGAGACAACCCCGACGACAAUUUCCGUGACAGAAACGACGACAGCUCCUCCUCCUCCGACGAUGAGCGUGCCAACACACCGCAACCGUGGGGAGAGGACGACGUCUACUGCUCAGACGACAACCGUGGAGACAACGACAUUAGCUGCGGAGACAACGCCGACGACAAUCUACGUGACAGAAACGACGACAGCUCCUCCUCCGACGACGACGAGCAUGCCAACAAAGGCUACAACUACCCCUUUGGAGAUAACGCCGAAGCCGUACGAGUGUGCUACACGGGACUGCAAAGCCAUCAGCACGGGCCUGGUGCGGAUGCUUCGGCGCCAGGCGGAUCCUUGCAGGUUCUACAACACCUACGUCUGCGACCCAUCCGAGGCCGAUUUCGCGCUGUCUCAGCCGUCAGUGCCAGUGGUGCAGAUCGGCAACGCCAACACCUCUUCAGACGGCGGCACUAAAGCUAAAUCAUCUGGCCCCGCUAGCGGGGACACGAAGACGACGUACGGAGCUCUGAAAGACCUGUGCCUGGCCUACGGUGACGUGGACGACGCUGAGGUAGGCGAUGCACUCGCCUUCCUGUCGGUGCUGAAGCUGAACCUGACCGGCAUGCGCGACAACGCCGAGGAGGACCCCUUGCAUCGGUCCAUGCAGUUGUCGCUCGAGUUCGGCGUCCACUCACUGCUGAACUUCCAGAGGGUGUUCGAGUACGUCGUCGAUGCGUCGGAGCCAUUUCGCCUGGAGAUAAGCGUAUCUGCGCAUGUGCGAGAUUUUGUAGCCGACUGGGUACAGGUCAACCAGGAUGUAUGGCCAAAGUUCUUCGAGUAUUGCCUUUCACUCUGUGGCUUGCCUAUUGGUUCACCACUCAACAAAAACCUCAGGGACCAGCUGAUCUCUCUUGACGAUGAAGUGGCAUACAUCUUGUCGGCCCGUGCGGAUCCGGUAACCAAGGAAGCGUUCCUGGAUUCCCCGUCUGCCGUUACAAUCGACGAACUGGAAGCUUACACUGAGAGCACUGUCUCUUCGGACCGUUGGCGCCAGCUGCUGACCGAGCACGCCCGCGCUGAGUUCGUGGUACACGAGAAUGUGCUUGCCUACCCUCGCGCCCUUAAGCUGGCGGAUCUGCUCUCGCACCCUCGCCGGCGCCUCGCCAUGCGCCGCCUUGUGGCCUGGCACUUGCUGCUCUUGCUGCUUGGGCCCAAGAGAGCGGUGCUGCAGGCCUACCAGGAUGCCACCUAUGACGCCAUCAAGAUGCCGGGACACCUACCGGAGACCACACUGCGUAGGUGCGAAACCAUGCUAGUUCACACCAGGGGAAUUCAUGGAGUGGUGCUCUCGUUUUUCGACGGCACAUCCAACAUCACGUACGGGAGCAUCGUGAAGGCUGGCAACCUCAUGGCGUCCAUUCAGGACGCAGCCGUCCAGGUGCUGCAACCCAAUGGGUCGGCGUUGACGCUGCGCCAGUUUUCCCUGAGCCGCAUCACAGGCUUCCCGCAGUCUACCUGGUCGUCGGGGCAAUUUUCACCCUUCUGGGUGCUCGAGGAGUUGGGUGCGGGAUUCCUGCGCGACUGGCUGUCCACGCUGCGCAGCUGGCAUGCCCUUCCGCCAAUUGUGCAGGCGCACCUGCUCCUGUUAGCCGGUGUUGUGCCGGUGGACGCGUACUUCUACAAGUACUUCCAGCCACCGCACUUCUACGAGGACGGCCUUGCCGCGUACAACUUCGCUUCUUUGGGACAAAUUGUUGCUCACGGCUUCGCCCGCCACGUCAUCCAGGACUUGCCCGAGGCGUACAUGGAAAAAUGGGACGGAUACUGGGCCAAAAAUGACAUAACCAGCAUCAACUAUAUGUACUGUUUGCACGCCGUCAACAACAGCGUGGACACGGUGCCGCCCAUAGAGCGGCUGCAGGAAGGCGCACUGAAGGGCAGCGUACUCGAGCACCUGGUGGCCACGCGCCUGGCCUUCCUGGCGUUCACCGAGAGCCCCAAGGGCAGUCAGGAUCAACUGCUGCCGCACGUCGACCUCCCACCCGCGGUGCUGUUCUUCGUGUUCCACUGUUCGUACAGCUGCCGGCGCGGUGACUCCGCGCAGCUGUACCCGCGAGGCCAGGACUGCAUGGUGGUGUUCCGGUGGACCUCGAGGUUCACUGACCUCAUUCCCUGCGGCCAUGACACCGGCCGGCAGAGUCGCGCGCAGUGCCGACACCUGUAGGCACGUGGAGCGAUACCUAUACGCAUCCGGAGUCCUGAUACUACUAGUGACAGAGUUUCGGAAAAUCCCUGCAUUCCUUUCUUUCUUAUUUGGUUCCUUACGCAGCACUUCAAUUUUGUAUUGUAUCGACGUGUAGAUUUUUCUGGUAAUUUUUUGCUCUCACGCAGUUUGAGCAGUAAUUACGUGCAGAAGUUAGUAAAAGAAAACGACAAUAUGCACUUGUAGUAUGUGUUGGUCUGAUCUUUAACCCAUGUACAGAUAUGUAUCGCUGACUCAAGAAUCGACGCUUUCCCUGUUGUCACUACUAUUAUUAAGCGCGUACGCGGAAACAUUACUAAGCAGACCUCCCCGAAAAAUUUCCCUACCUCAAA